AUGACCAGCGAAACUCAUUUGUUUCCCGUUUUCCCUGCUGAAAUCUUUCAGAUCAUUGUCGAAAUGGUGGAAGAGCUGUCCUCCCUAUGCUCUUUGGCUCUUUCCUGCUCCUUCCUGUGUGUGGAAGCACAGCGCGAGCUCUUCUGCGUCAUGAAUGGCGAGGAUGAUGGCACAGUCCACUACGACUUCCUCUCGACCAUCAUCGAAUACCCGCAUCUUGGAAAACUCGUCAAGGAAUACGAACGCCAUACUAUUGCACAUACGCAACCCGGCUCCUUUCCUGACCUCCUGAGGCGCGCCCUUCCACUCAUGGAAAAUCUCGAAGACCUCGACUUUAGCUACGCCUCGGACCGUUUCCCUUACGAGCCAGAGGAGUUUCUCUCCCCAAAUUUACCCUUCAAGCUGGAUGGCUUUGCAUGGACGCCUGAAUUCGGAGAGGCGCACGGCUUAUCGGACAGUUUUAUCGAUUCCGUAACUGAGGAGUUAGGCCGAAUUACGAGGUUUGAGCUUGAAGACGGAAUGCUCGACUCUGGUCAAAGGUUCGACUUCCUCCAUAUCUUGAACCACAUGGCGUCGGUACGGCUCCUCGACGUGGAGGGUAUGUAUAAUGGAGAACUAGAAGCCAUCCAACGCCUUCCGCACCUUGAUACAUUAGUCCUCACACUACGGGAUAACAAGGGUGCGGACCUCUUGAAUCGCCCUUUUGAAACAAACCGCACCGCCACUGUCGAGGCGUUAUUUUUGGGCUGCCGCACGCUCAGAUACCUUUUUAUCACCCGGAAGGUCCGGAACCAACUUCGUGUCCGCAGCAAAAGAUACGAAGUAUGGAUCGAAGGCAAGACACAGAGCACAAGAUUAUCAUACGAUCAGGUGGCCGACGUUCUUUGCGAUUACCCAGAUAUAGACUUGUCCUCUGUCCGAACUUCCUUCCUUCCUAGGCAGGACUGA